AAUUUAUAAACAAAUUACCCAUUUUUACAUAUAUAAGAACAAGAUUCUGAUCCAAGCUUCUGUAUUCAGAGAAGAUGGCGAUCAGAAAUAUUCAGGUGACCUCCGAUGAAAUCAUCUUGCCGUCUUCUCCGACUCCGCCGCCGCUCAGAAACCUCAAGCUUUCACUGCUCGACCAGAUUUCGCCGUCCAAUUAUACUCCGAUCAUUUUUUUCUACGCUGCCGUUGAGGACCUCGGGGCCGAUCGGUUUUCCGGAAGUCGCCAGUUGAAGAAGUCUUUAUCGGAGAUUUUGACUCUGUUCUAUCCGUUCGCCGGAACUUUAUCGACGGAGGGAUAUUCCGUCGACUGCAACGACAAAGGCGUGGAGUAUUCUGAAGCGCGAGUCGAUUGCAAGCUAUUGGAAGUCGUGGAAAGCCCUGAUUUCAAAGUUCUACAUCGGUUGCUGCCGUUUGAACCUUACGCUAAUCUGGCGGAACCGGAGAUCGGAAGAGACGUAAUCCUCGCCGUCCGAUUAAAUCUGUUUGACUGCGGCGGCGUGGCCAUUGCUUUGUGUGUUACUCAUAAGCUCGUCGACGGACUUUCCGCCACCGUAUUUGUCAGAGAGUGGGCGGCCAUUAAUCGGGGAGAUAGCGAUCAGGUUUCGGAACCCUUAUUCGACGGCGCAAAGUAUUUUCCGCCGAAGGAAAUUCCGGGAUUGAAGAGAAGCAAGGUCAUCCUAAACGACAAGAUUGUGACCAAAAGAUUCGUGUUCGACAAAGCAAACAUAGCCGCACUCCGGCGAGAAGCGGCGGCCGGUUCGCUGGAGAAGCCACCGACGAGAGUAGAGGCCGUUUCGGCAUUCUUAUGGAAGCGAUUCAUGGAGAUAAAUCGAAACUCAGAACAAGAAAACGAAAAGAUAUACGCCGCAAUCCACGCCGUGAACCUGCGCGGGAAGAUGGAUCCGCCACUGCCGCCGAAUUCCUCCGGCAACCUGUGGUGGUUCGCGAUCGCCGUGGCAGAGGUUGAAAUGAAGAAGCGGCACCAGUACUUGGUGAAGCAGAUAAGGAACGCAAUAGAAGAAAUCGACAGCGAUCUGGUGCGGAACUUGCAGCAGGCCGGAGUGCCGCCGCAUAUGUGGAGCAAGACGGGGAAACACGGGCAUCCGGCGGCGGGAGAGGUGGAGUUCUGCAACUUCACGAGCUGGUGCCGGUUUCCGGUGUACGAAGCGGACUUCGGGUGGGGGAAACCGACGUGGGUUUGCAGUCCGAGCCGGCCGUUCAAGAACGUGGUGGUUCUGAUGACCACUAGAGACGGCGACGGGAUUGAAGCGUGGGUCACGCUCAACGAACAAGAUAUGGCCUCCUUCCAACAAGAUUCUGAGUUAGUUACCUAUACAUAUACUUAAAGCUUAAAAACUCAAUUUCUCAUCUUUUUUUUUUUAAUUAAAAAACAGAUAU